AUGGCGCUCCACGUACUAUGGUUUGUGGCUGUUUUGGCGCCUUUGAGGGGAGUUGUGACGCAAGAGGAUGGUUGGAUGGACGGAAAUGAUAUAAAUGCAAGCAGAUGGCCACCACCUGAUUGCGGACAGCUGCUGUGGAUCGUAAUUGUACUGCAACUGGCUGUUGCGUUCCAAAGUGCUUUGCUGAAAAAGGUUCUAGGGGAUUCCCAGGUGUGCCUGAGUCCACCAGGAUCAAGAGGUCUUCCUGGUCAUGAAGGUGCAGAAGGCCCUCAAGGACCAAAGGGACAAAAGGGGCAGUUGGGUCCACAAGGUCCUCGCGGACCAAAAGGUGACAGAGGGAAACCUGGUGCUCAAGGCUUUAUUGGCUUAACCGGACCGCCUGGACCACAAGGUGAACCAGGUAUUCCAGGUAUACCCGGGAGAGAUGGAUGCAAUGGGACAGACGGUGAACCAGGAGAAAUGGGACCUAAAGGUUCACAAGGUCCUCGAGGUAUCCCUGGACCGAAAGGCGAUAAAGGUGACAAAGGAGAAGCAGCCCAUAUGGGCCGAUACCCUAAAGGACAAAAAGGGGAGCCUGGUGCCGACGGUAUGCAAGGAAGUCAAGGACCCGUCGGACCGCCGGGACCUUCUGGCUUACAGGGACCAAAAGGAAAUACAGGGCCUAUAGGCCCGCAAGGAUUCAAAGGUGACAAGGGUUCUAAGGGUUCAAAAGGUCAAGCAAUUCAAGGCGACAAGGGUGAUAGAGGUGACAGGGGCGACAAAGGACCUGGAUGUCCUCCUAUUAUUUUGCCCUCCGAGGAUAAUGCAAGUGCUAUCCGUGGAGUUCCAGGCGAUAUGGGUCCGAAGGGUGAAAAAGGUGAACCUGGUUUAACGGGUGACAAAGGUGAUACUGGACCGAUAGGUGAACCCGGUUUAUCAGGACAAAUGGGCAUCAAAGGAGAGAAAGGGAUUCGUGGAAACCCUGGCGCUAUAGGUCGGGAUGGUAUGUACGGCGCACCCGGACCUAUGGGACAAAAAGGAGAUAGAGGAAAUGAUGGGCUACCAGGUCUUUCUGGGCGACCUGGAGGAAAAGGGGAACCUGGAAGGGAUGGAGCACCGGGUCUACGGGGUCUUAAAGGAGUCCAAGGAUUACCUGGUGGACGUACGGGUUCUCGCGGUCCUCCAGGUCCUCCUGGCCCACGAGGUUACAUUGGUCCAGCAGGCCCUAAAGGUACAGAUGGACGGCCUGGAGAACAAGGAGAACCUGGACCAAUGGGACCCCCUGGUGGUCAGGGAGAGCCUGGAACACCUGGUGUGGAAGGACCCGCAGGUCAUAAAGGAGAAAAGGGCGAGCCAGGUUUAGAUGGUCCACAGGGGGAAAUCGGCCCUCGAGGUUAUGACGGCCCCAUUGGACCACAAGGUCCUAGAGGAAUAAAAGGAGAAGAUGGUCUUUCUAUUCCCGGUCAAAAAGGAAACAGUGGGCUAUCCGGACUCCCGGGUAACAAAGGACAGAAAGGUGAAAGAGGAUAUCAAGGAUUACGAGGUGUUCCUGGAAAUUCUACUUUAGGGACUCCUGGAAGCCCAGGUGAAAUGGGAGCACCAGGAGAAAAAGGAGAUAAAGGCAGCCCUGGUAUUGAUGGAAUACCGGGUAGCCCAGGACCUAAAGGUGAUAUAGGUGGGCGAUGCAAUGAAUGUUGGCCUGGUGGCCCAGGACCAAAGGGAGACCGGGGUGCAGAUGGAUUCCCCGGGGAAAGAGGGGAGAGAGGACCAACUGGCCCAGUAGGGCUACCAGGUGAACGUGGUGCAGAUGGGUUGAAUGGUUUACCUGGUUCUCCUGGCGCUCCGGGUGAACGAGGCGACGAGGGACCUAUGGGUCCUCCUGGAGAUAAAGGAGCCGAUGCAAUCAUACCAUCAAGCUUGAAAAAAGGCCCCCCUGGUGAAAAGGGGCUACAGGGCCCAAGAGGCUUACCUGGUCCAAAAGGCGAGAGAGGAAGUGACGGGCUUAAAGGAGAUCGCGGUCCAAUCGGUAUGCCUGGACCUAAAGGUGAUCAAGGUUUUAUUGGGCCACCUGGGGAAGAUGGAAACCCUGGAACUCCUGGUUCGCCGGGAAUACCUGGAACUAAAGGAGCCUCAAUCAAAGGAGAAAAAGGAUUUCCUGGAGAUUUAGGCUUAAAGGGGGAUAAAGGUUUUCCUGGAAGAUCAGGAAAAAAAGGUGAGCCAGGUAUGUGCCCUGCCAAUCUUCAAGCACUGACAAAAGGUGAUAGAGGUGCACAAGGACCGCCUGGACCUCAGGGAUUGCCAGGCGAUGCUGGUGAAAAGGGAGAUAGAGGUUUUCCAGGUCGAACUGGAGAUAAAGGUGAUAUGGGCUUGCCAGGAAAACAAGGUCCUGUUGGGCCUCGUGGGCUUCCAGGGCCAAGAGGAGAAAAGGGAGAAAUGGGUACUAUGGGAUUCCCAGGUACGCCUGGAGAGGUUGGACUAAGAGGUUUAACAGGCUUACCUGGAUUAAAAGGAGAUAAGGGAGAAAUAGGACCUUCAAUGCCAGGACCACCGGGGCCUCCCGGUUUGAGUGGACGAAAAGGAGACCAAGGUCCAAGAGGCCUACCUGGUAUACCAGGUAAUGAUGGUCCACCUGGUGCAAUUGGUCUAAGAGGUGAGAAAGGGGACAUGGGAUCAACAGGACGGCCGGGAUUAACUGGAUAUCCAGGUCAGAAAGGAGAACCUGGUCCAGUUGGACCACCUGGAGUACCAGGUUUAGCUGGAACUCCCGGAAGAGAAGGGCCUAAGGGACAACAAGGAUACCCAGGUAUCCCUGGAAAGCAAGGAGUUAUUGGAUUGCCUGGGCAAAAAGGUGAACCAGGUAUGCAAGGACCUGAUGGGCCUAAAGGCUUCCCUGGAACACGUGGACGGCCUGGUCCAGCUGGGAUUGCAGGAGUCGACGGAAUGCCAGGAGAUAAAGGAGAUAAAGGAGAAAUAGGUUAUCCUGGUGCACCAGGUGCUCCAGGUCUUACUGGCCCAAUGGGACCGAUUGGUGCACCAGGGCCAAAGGGAGAUCAAGGAUUUGAAGGUCCUCCAGGACCACCAGGUAGAAUAGGGCUGCCGGGUCUUAAAGGUGACAGAGGUUUUAACGGUGCUCCAGGUCUCAAAGGAGAACCUGGUUUAGCAGCAGAUAAAGGAGAUAAAGGAGAACCUGGUUUACCAGGUUUAAGAGGUUUAGAUGGUGCUCCGGGGAGAAAUGGCGACAAAGGUGAUAAAGGAGACACCGGUUCACCUGGUUACGGCUUACCAGGUCCUAUAGGCCAAAAAGGUGACAUGGGACCUCGAGGCUUAGAUGGUUUUCCAGGACAACCCGGACAAAAGGGUGAUAUUGGUUUUCCUGGUUUACCUGGUCAGAAAGGAAAUAGAGGGUCUUCUGGAGAAAACGGACAGCCAGGACCACCUGGCUUAGAUGGACUGCCUGGUCCUCAAGGUGAAAUUGGUUUCCCUGGAGCACCAGGUGUAAAAGGCGACAAAGGAGACCGGGGUUACGCCGGACGUGAUGGGAUGGAUGGUCUUAAGGGAGAACAGGGACCGAUUGGUCCAGUUGGUUUGCCAGGAAUUAGAGGUUUCGAUGGACCGAAAGGAGACAUAGGCUUACCAGGUUUGUCAAUUAAUAUUAAGGGAGACAAAGGAGAUACUGGACCUCAAGGAAGUCCCGGUAUGGCAGGCGAAAAAGGAGAAAGAGGCAGAGAUGGACAACAAGGGUUGCAAGGAAUAAAGGGGGAUCGUGGAUACUCAGGAGAAAAGGGAGAUAGAGGAAUUGUCGGCGUUGUAGGAGUGACAGAGGUCCUAUUGGGCCUUCGGGAAUACCUGGUCUUACCAUCAAAGGUGAAAAAGGGUUACCUGGAACACCAGGCAAACAUGGUCGCCCUGGACAACAAGGUGCUUCGGGGGAAAAGGGUGACCAAGGAUUACCAGGCUUGCCUGGAGAAAUGGGUCCUCCAGGAGUCUCUGCCCCACCUGGACUGCGAGGCGAGAAAGGGGAUCAGGGACGAGAAGGUUUUGUUGGAGUACCAGGAAUUGACGGUGUACCAGGCUUGCCAGAAAGGUGAUCAAGGGCUACCGGGCCCACCUGGAUUGGAAGGUCAGAGGGGAGAUAAGGGAGAGCGAGGUUUUGAUGGUAUUAAUGGUCAACCAGGUCCAAUGGGCUUCCCAGGCCUAAAGGGGGAUCGGGGCUUACCUGGCGCACCAGGUCUUAUAGGAUUAAAUGGCGAUAAAGGCGACAAAGGAGAAUCAGCGCAGUUUGUCUUAGGUCCAAAGGGAGAACAAGGACCACCUGGUCCACCUGGUUUAGAUGGUAUUCCAGGAAAUGCUGGUGCCCCAGGACAACCAGGCUUUGACGGUCGUCCAGGUAUAAAGGGUGACCGGGGAUAUCCAGGACCACAAGGCCCUCCAGGUAUACCUGGCCCGCAAGGUCAACCAAUUCCAAUGAUGCCAGUAGAAGGCAAUGAAAUUAUGAGAUAUAUAUCCCGAUGCGUGGUUUGCGAAGUACCAGCAAAUGUUAUAGCCGUUCACAGUCAAACUCUUGACAUACCAAGUUGUCCAGGUGGUUGGAGAGAACUAUGGAUUGGGUACAGUUUUGUAAUGCACACGGGCGCUGGAGGUCAAGGUGGCGGUCAAGCUUUGGCUAGUCCAGGAUCAUGUUUGGAAGACUUCCGCGCUACGCCAUUUAUAGAAUGUAAUGGCGAAGGUGGAACAUGUCAUCAUUUCGUUAAUAAGCUCAGCUUCUGGCUUACAACUAUCGAAGACAAUAAACAAUUUGCAAUGCCCGAACGAGAGACUCUUAAAUCAGGGCGAUUGCUGGAACGUGUAUCGCGUUGCUCAGUUUGCAUUAAAAACACUGUU